CUCUUUGGUCCUUAUUCAAAACAAAAAAACAUAGGUACUUAAAAACAAACAAUAUGUCAAUGUCGCUAUCGCAAGCCGUAUCGAAUCAAUAGACACCGAUGGAAAGAUAAGAAAAAACGGCUCUUCCAGUGUCCACCCUCUGACGCAAACGCGCGUGAGCGGUACAAUUACCGCGGGCCGGUCCCAAGGUCGCGGGCUGUGUGCGGCCGGACGCCAUGUUGCCCGGUCCACUCGCACCCCUCGACGUCCACAAAACGCGCGCGCUUUCCACCAUUUACGCGCCAAGAAAGUUGAAGUCGCGCAAACAUAAGACGGCCAGAUCCAGGAUGCUGGAGGAUGUACCCAUCAAACCCAGCUUAUCUCCGUUCCAUCCGCUGCCAGCUAUCGGGCAACAUGAGCCCAAGGUGCUAGUUUUCGAUAUCAAGCCCGAGAAGCGCACGAUUAAGCUGCACGAUGUCAAGCCUCUGACGCCACUGAACGUCCACUACUACAGGAAGAAGGAAGUGGAGAAACCGCAGCAGUUGAUACGAGAGAACACGUACGAUGUCCUCGAACCCACUUACUUGAGCGCUUCGAAGGGGAAAGCGAGAGAAACCAAACCGUCGAAAGACGUAGCGAUGUCGCCAAAGACGCGGUUCAAAAACGCCGCGCUGCAAGUCGCGAAACUUACCUCGAAUAAGGAGAGAGGGAAGUUACUCUGCUUGAGAGAAAAGGAGACUUUCACGAUAUGUCAGGAUGAGGAUAAGUUUAGGCUUCAUCGCCUACCCCAGAGUCCUGUUGAGAAGCUAGACAAGCUCACGGAGAUAUUUCAAGGGCUGGAGAUGAAGGGGAGGCAUAGAGAUAAGUUGAAGAAAGAGAACAGUUGGUUUUAAAAUGCUGUGAUGCAAUAUGUCCGUUGAUGCAACGGACAUAAUAUUUAUAUUUUUGUAUGGAUUGCAGUGUUGGAACUUGGAAGUGAUAAUAUUGAUUUUUAACAAGUGUUGAGUAUAUUUUUAAACAGAUUUAUAACACAAAGUUUUUUGCUCAAACACCACUG